CAGAUAUGCCAUGGCCAGGGUAUGUCUUCGACACAUUUGAGGCCAUUUCCGGAGGGGUGAACGCGCCAACCGAUGAAUCACUCUUCUAUGGACCUUACAACACACUCUUGGGCUAUCUAUUUCCACCCACCGAGCUCUACAUGAUAUCCCCACAGUGCAAGCGACCACCUGAGGGCUCGUCUAUCGAUUUUACCGCAGUCUUCAUUGUCCAAAAGGCAUCUCGUCCCGUGUUCUUUCUUGAAAUCAAGCCGCCCGGAUCCUAUGCACAUCGAUCGUCCCGCGCUGCCGCCGACAAUCAGAUGAGGACACAAUUCUUUGAUCUUUUGUCGAUCGAGUGGACCUCCCUGUGA